GAAGCACAAGAACUUCGUGAGCAGACAAAACAAACGUAUCCUCCUCAUUCAACUGGUUCGUUCAAUUUGAACAGUCUGUUGCUUGAGUAAGAAAUAUAGAUUGAGUUCCGAUUGAUCAAUUAUUGUUCAAACCUAUAACAAACAUGUUUCUGAAAACCAGGACGUCAAAGUUGAUUUUCUUGUUAUUUUUUGUCAAUUCAUUGCUCAUCGUUAGUGGUGGCAAGAAAAGUAAAAAUGGCGAGAAACCGGCAUGGGCAAAAAAAGAUAUUAGAGAUUAUAGCGAAGCCGAUCUAGAGCGCCUUCUUGAUCAAUGGGACGAAGAUGAAGAACCUCUACCUGACGAUGAGCUUCCUGAGCAUUUACGGAAACCCCCAGCAAUAGAUUUUUCUAAGAUUGAUGCAUCAGAUCCAGAAAAUUUGUUAAAGGUGUCAAAAAAAGGCAAAACAAUUAUGACUUUUGUACAAGUUUCUGGAGACACCACACGUAAUGAAGCUGAUGAAUUGACAAAGUUAUGGCAAAGUGCUCUAUGGAACAACCACAUUCAAGCUGAACGAUUCAUGGUAGAUGAUAACCGCGCCAUUUUCAUGUUCCGAGACGGCUCACAAGCAUGGGAAGCAAAGAACUUUCUGAUUGAUCAGGAUAGAUGCUUUUCAGUCACCAUAGAAAACAAAGUAUAUCCAGGGAAAGGAAAUUCAGAUAAGGUAAAAAAUUCGAAAAAAGACGAGAAAAAAAAAUUCAACAAUGGUCAAGUGAAAAUAGAACUGUAAUAUUAACCUGAAUAUAUUUCUCACCUAUGA